AUGAGGAAGCAGAAGGCCAGCGGUCACGCCGACGGGGCGGGGCUUCCAACGGAAGCUGGGGGCGGGACUUCCAGUCAGCGGAGCCAGGGCCAAGACGCUGGGUGCCGCGGCGAUGCUACCCUGCCGGACGCGACCCCUGCGGGAGAUUGUGAUAUCAAGACUGAGGACAAGGAGUUUCACCCCAAGGAAGACAUUUUGGAGGAUUUGGAAUCACAGGCAAAAAUGUCAGAAAACUGUGCUGGUGACGUUUCCCAGCUGUCCAAGCUUGGAGAACUCUGUGAUGACUUAUUAGCCGGAGACUGGGGUGUCCCUGAAGGCGAGAGCUUGGGGCAACCCCCAGACCGGGAUGGGGAUUUGAUGUCAGUAACAGUGCUCCUCAAGGGCCCUUCAGGGGAGAAAGGUCUGGGUGGCAGUGGUAUUAACCAAAGCUUCAGCCUGAGCCCAUGCCAGAUGACACAUCAGGAAGUCUCUACGGAAGAAAAACAACAUUCAGGUGACACAUGUGGCCAGAGCUUUCAACACAGUGUGGACCAAAGUGGCCAUGAGGGGCUUCCCACAGCUGAAAGCCCACUUAUAUGUAACGGGUGUGGAGAAACCUUCAGUGGCAACCUUGACCUUAUUCAGCAUCAGACAGCCAGCACUGGAGAGAAGUCCUGCAUGUGCAGGGAAUGCAAAACACCCUUCAGCCAGAACUCAGUUGUGAGAAACCCCCUGCAAGCUCACAUGAGGGUGAAGGCCUGCCAGGAGCCCACAGACCUUGCUGGGUACCAGGUUCUCCCCAGCAGUGAGAAGCCGUACGUGUGUAAUGAAUGUGGGAAAGCCUUCAGUCAGAACUCAAGCCUUAAAAAGCACCAAAAGUCUCACAUGAGUGAGAAGCCCUUCGAAUGCAAUGAAUGUGGAAAGGCUUUCAGGCGCAGCUCCAACCUCAUCCAGCAUCAAAGAAUCCAUUCCGGGGAGAAACCAUAUGUGUGUGAGGAAUGUGGGAAGGCCUUCAGGCGGAGCUCAAACCUCAUUAAACACCACAGGGUUCACACGGGUGAGAAGCCUUUCGAUUGUAAGGAGUGUGGGAAGGCCUUUAGCCAGAGCGCACACCUCAGGAAGCACCAGAGGGUCCACACUGGAGAGAAGCCCUAUGAAUGUAACGAUUGUGGCAAACCCUUCAGUCGUGUCUCCAACCUCAUUAAGCAUCACAGGGUUCACACUGGAGAGAAGCCUUACACGUGCAGUGACUGUGGUAAAGCCUUUAGUCAGAGCUCCAGCCUUAUUCAGCACCGGCGAGUUCACACUGGAGAGAAACCGCAUGUGUGCAGCGUGUGUGGAAAAGCUUUCAGUUACAGCUCAGUGCUCAGGAAGCACCAGAUAAUUCACACAGGAGAGAAGCCCUAUGGGUGUGGCGUGUGUGGGAAGGCCUUCAGCCACAGCUCAGCCCUCAUCCAGCAUCAGGGCGUGCACACUGGCGACAAGCCCUAUGAGUGCCGAGAAUGCGGGAAGACCUUUGGUCGCAGCUCCAACCUCAUCCUUCACCAGCGAGUCCACACUGGAGAGAAGCCCUAUGAAUGCACUGAGUGUGGAAAGACCUUUAGCCAGAGCUCAACCCUUAUCCAGCACCAGAGGAUUCAUAAUGGGCUGAAACCCCAUGAAUGUAACCAGUGUGGUAAGGCCUUCAACCGAAGCUCCAAUCUCAUUCACCACCAGAAAGUCCACACUGGAGAGAAGCCCUAUACAUGUGUUGAGUGUGGUAAGGGCUUCAGCCAGAGCUCACACCUUAUUCAGCAUCAGAUAAUCCACACUGGUGAGAGGCCGUACAAAUGCAGUGAGUGUGGGAAGGCCUUCAGUCAGCGCUCAGUCCUGAUCCAACACCAGAGGAUCCACACUGGGGUGAAGCCCUACAACUGCACUACUUGUGGGAAAGCCUUCAGCCAGCGGUCAAAGUUGAUUAAACACCAGUUGAUUCACACCAGGGAGUGACUUGUGGGCUAACGGGAGUGAAAUUGAACUGUGGCUCCUUUCUGACCCUUCAGCCUUUGUCUCAUCCUCUCCCUUCCCAGGCCUGGAGCCUAGGCUCACUCACUGGCCCCUUAGAAACACCCCUUACAGGCUCCCUCCCCUGCCAUUGCUGUCAGCUCCUGUGACCUCUCAUCUGUGUUUUGUUCUGUUAUAUUUUUAUUAUGAGCAGACUGUCACAUUGAUUAGGUAGUAAAGCUCAUUGUGGCCGCAUAUUCAUGAAUGGAGUUUAUUGUCAUGAUCAAAAGUUACCAAAAAGUAAAGUAAUCUUUGGUUGAAGAUAA